GAGAGCCAGUCAUACAAACUGGCCUCAAUAGGACAACAAUGGAAAGCAUAAAUCUUCCAACCCAAAACAGCGGUUCCAGCUUGGAAACACUAGAAACAUUCUCAAACUACAAUGAGAGUUUACCAUCUCCUCAAAUGAGCAGCCCUCCUCGUCAAGGGCGUCUAAUAAAACCAAAGCCCAAUUCAUCUUGUCGACGGAAACGGGAGUUCAUCUCCGAUGAGAAGAAAGAUGCAUCCUACUGGGAAAAACGACGCAAGAAUAACGAGGCUGCCAAGAGGUCAAGGGAGAAGCGGCGGCUCAAUGAUAUGGUUCUGGAGAACAGGGUAAUAGCACUGAACGAUGAGAAUGUCCGGCUGAAGACAGAACUCCUGCAACUGAAAUUAAGAUUUGGACUCAUAAGCUCUGCUUCUUACAUGGAAAAGACCCAACAGAUAAGCAAUGGUGCUGAGGCAGCAGCUAAUGGAGCUAAUGGUUCCGGAGCGACCUCUGGGAAUCCGUACUUCUCAAGCAGUGGAUACUCCAGUGCUUCUCAGGUCAUGAUGAAUUCUGAUUCCUCAGAGGCUGAGCAGUCAACCAGGACUGAACGGCACACAAUGUUACCCAAGUACUCCCCCCGUGGAUCACUGUCUGACAUGUCUGAUGGAUCUUCAAGGGACAGUCCUGAGCCUAUAAACUUUGACAUCAAACACGAGAGCUCCGGAAUGGACAUUAACAGGCUUGAGGCAAGUGUUCUUAAUGGCAUGUUUAAUGGCCAUCAAAGUCUUGGACGACUGGAGUCCAACCAACCACAAGAAAUGGAGCAGCAAGAAAGUGUCAGCAAUCCAGCCCCUCCAUCCGCCACACCCCAAAGAAGUGUCAUUCUCUUUCGUUCUGGAAGCAGCUCCUACCCUGUUGAGAGUCAGAGGGUUGAGGAUGUAGAUCAGCAGGAGGCAUCCCAAACACAACAAAAUGGGCAAAUCACUCAUUUUAACCAAACAGGGUGCAAUCUCCCGCUAAGACAUGACGGUUUAGAGACUCUUUCAGAGGUGGCACAGCAGUUGGCCAGGAGGUCUUUGGAUUCACCAAGCUAUGAAUUCACUAACGGAAAGGCAGAUGCUGGGGAAAACAGGCGGUUUGUCAUACAGCAGCAAGACCUGACCGUUCAAGGACAAUGCAGAAGUCAGGUUCAAGACAGCACCCCUAAUUCUUUUGCCCCAGAUUUGCUCAAUGAGGCUGGAAAAGCCCUUGUAUACCAGCGGACAAAUCCCUACCUCGGCACUCUGAACGAGGAGCCACCAGUGCUGACUUAUGAAGGUUGCACAAGAGCAGAUGGCUUUUACCAAGAGCACUCUUCCUCGGGGAAGGACAGUUCCUCUAGUGAUGGAGACCCACGCAGCUCAGAUAAGGAAGCUUCCACUGACGAUGAAUCUCCCUCAUCCUCUUCCUCUGAUAUUGGUGGAUAUCACGCCACCCAUCAGUCAGCCUCCUCGCCCACUAUGGUCACCAGUGAUGCUUACCAGUAUGGUGACAACCAAGGUGAAAUGAAAGGCACUGCUCUGCCUCACAAGCUAAGGCUCAAGUAUAGAGCGCUGUCCAACGGUGGCUCGCAAGAUGUCCAAGCCACCACAGCAGCUAUGUCCCCCGAAUCUGCACUGCCACAGCACCCAUACCUGGCGUUAGCACAGGUUAACCAGCAGCAAGGCAGCAGCUUUGGAAACAAGGAGGGCGAAAGCGAGACGGCAGAUGAACUUUGCACGCAACGGUCUCCUUCAAGAGACAAGGACAUGGGAUGGAAGGAAAGUGGGAAGAGGAGCUCAGGAGGACGAGGUAACAGAAACAAGAAACGUGACUGAAACUGGCACAUUACAACGCUUAAGACAGGACUUGAUAAAUGUCAUCUCUACCAUCCAAUGGAAAGUCAAAAGAAAUGGUACCAGUUACUUGCAUGGAAGUCUAUUGCUUAUUCGUAACAAGAAAGUAACUCAUGUUCUUGGUUUGUUUUCUUAUCAAGAGCAAUUCUGUGACCUUUUAAUGCAGCUCUGUUCUCUCACUCUCUUUCAUAAGCACUUAACUGUAACUCAAAGUUACAAAGGGGAAACUGAGUUCUUUAAAACGAUCUUUUUCCUCUGUCAAAACAAACCGACAAAACUCUGUACAGCAAACCUCGACUCCACCUUUGAAUAUUUACAUAUCUCUGCCGUGUUUAGUAGCUUAGCUAUAGAAAUGGGUAUUUACUGACCCUUACAAUUUCCGCCACAAGUUCAAGGAGUUAAAGUUCUUUCUCAAUUCUGAUUUCAGAAGUAAAAAAACCUCAACAGUUUAUGCCUCUCCUCUGCCUUCGGACUUUAACAUUAUUGAAGCACUUGGAUUAUAAUACUGUGACAUGACUAAACAUAUCAUAUUUCAAUAUAUUUUAUGAAAAAAUGACAAUGUCAAUCUUUUAAGAGUAGAAAAGUGGGCAAAAGACAACAAACACUGUCUACUUCUUACUGUUUGAAUUCCUGUAUAGUCCUUUCUUAAUGUCUGAUGCUUCCACUAUAUUUUUUAAGUCGUCAUCGCUAUGUCACUGUAUUACACCAAUUGACAGACACCAGAAUGCUCUCUUCAUAGUGUUUGGUCAUUCAUAGGUCAAGGUUAUCCAGUGAAAAAUCAUCUCUCGUCCACCGCAUUACGUUGUAUCACUGUAAAGGAGCCUGAUGGAUCGAUCCUCUCCAAAGGUCACUGUGACCAACCCUUUUUUAAAAACAAAAGAAAAGUUGCAAUCUGCCUGACAUUUAGCCAAAUUAGAGUAAAAGCCCUUUCAGAAAUGUCAAGGUGGUCUCUUCCAAGGCCUGAGUUAAUAUGCGGACUGUACAAAGUGUAAGAUAUAUCAUUGCCAUCUCAAGAUGGUUUUGUCCUCUGUGGUCAGGCUUCAGAGAUGCCUCACAUGCUACCUCAUGAGAAGAAAUGGUUGAGGUUACGCAGAACUGAAGUGUUUCUCCUUUGGUGUGUGUAGCCCAUUGCAUCAUCGUACCCAUUAACUGUUGCGUAUAAAAGUUAACACACAAGAAAAAUGCUGCAACACACAACUAAGUGUUACCGACACACAGUUUAGUCCCACUAGUCGUCUUUGUAGAAUCUACCACAGCUGAAAGCUGCUUCUGCACUGAAUUUUUUUCAUCAGAUUUUAUACAAAUCUGUGUUUAUUGUUCCCAAACAGGUGCCUGGCACUGGCCAUUAUGUAAAAAGUGUACAUACAAAUUCUCUUUUUGAGUAUUUUAAGUUUGUAUCAAGUUUAUUUUGGCAUUCUAUAAUAAUUAUUAUUAUUAAUAUUGUAUUUUAUUUUAUAUUCCAAUGCUUUCCUUCUCUUUGGGUUCAUAUUUCUUGUGUCUGAUCACCUCAAUGUGAUGCAGUAUGUAUUUCCAUGUCCUGUGCAUCUAUUUCACCUCUGUACCCUGGUGUAUUGUGUGGUAUUUACUGAAGUUUUAAGUAAAAAAAAAAAA